UUGAAUACAAAGUUCACAAAAAAUUAUGAAAAAUUCUACCGAACCCCAUAUUCUUAACUCAUUUUGUACUUUGCUUUGCCUUGACAUUAAAUGUAAGUACAAAACUGAUAUUAUGUCAGUGUUGUAAUUACAUUUUAUAUUAGGGUAAAAUUUUGAGAUAUAAAAUGGGGUACAAAGUGGGAUGAGAUUAGCAUGCUUCAAAAAUUACUGUAUGUUAUAUAGAUUGUAUCUGGUGUCAACGGUUUCGCACCAUUUAUUUUUUGGGUACAGAAAAUCAUCAUCCAUAUAUUCUGCUAUGAUCUCCAAAUCAAGCUCACAAAUGAUCUCUGUUUCAUCUUGAGUUCUCCUGGGAGAUGGAUUCCGGAAGUGCCGGAGCAGUAUCAUUUAGAACGACGCUGGCGCGACAAAUCGGGCAGUUGGGCUGAGAUUUGACCCAAGUGUCAAUACAAACGAGGUGAAAAACAUGGCUGCACUUUGGCAACAACCUAAGACUCUCCUCUUCCUCAAACUCCGCCAAGCAAACCGGGCACUCCGUGUCUUGGACUUCCACCGCUCCUCCGCCGCCACCGCCGCAGCCGACUUUCUUGUACUUGAACACCCGGCUUUCCCUCUUAACGAUUUCCGCCGCACCGUUCGCCGGGGGAGUCUCGCGGCGGUCAGCGGCCUCGACGUCUCGGAGCCGUCUCCGGCGCCGCCGCCUGGCGCAGCUCGUGCAGACGGUGUAGAAGGUGACGAAGAAGAGGGCGCUGGCGAGAACGGUGAUGAUGACGAUGAUGAGGGGGGAGAAAUUGGGGCCGGAGUCGUCGUCGUCGGAGGGCGGGGGAGGGAAGAGAUUGAUGCACCACCGGAGACAAUUUCUGGUGCAGAUCAUCUCCGAACAGUCGCCGCCGCCGCUGGGACUGUAGUAAAUAUAUGGCGGCAGAGAUUUGGGGAUCCCAACAGAACCCAUAGUUAGUUGGAUCAGCUAAUCUUUGU